AAGUCGAGGCUUCGAGCGUGGGAGGAUAAAGUACAAAGGCGCACACUGUCGUGAACUCAGACCAGACCUUCUUGAUUUGCAGACAAAUUCAAAUCUCACAGUCCAUUGUUGCUUUGGGAUCUGCAUGCUGGUUGAUAGCUAGAGUUGAAGAAUCGAGUCUAUUUUAUGUGCAUUCCAGGCGAUAAAGGAGACGCCUGAUGCUAUGCAAACUAAGCUAGCGUUGGCAAACUUCGGUUUUCAGUUGAGGGCUGAGCUUUCCAUUGUUGGGCAAUAUUACCAUCUUCAAGAUGAUCAACUGAACCUGAAGCUAUCUGUGACUUCAAGUGCAUGCUUUUGCUGAUACUGCAGUCUCUCUUAUUCAUGGGAUUUUCAGUCGAGUUUGUGCCCAUCAGGUAUACCUAGAUGGACAGAAAUGUGAAAAGAGGUACCAUAGAUCAACAUAGCAAUUAUGAACAAGUUCGACAUACUAAUUUGGAAGCAAGAAAUCAGGGACUUGGGUCGACAAUUCAAAGAUCUUUCCAUGAUCCAUCAAGCAACAUCAGCACCAACAUUCGACCCCCUGAAUAUAAUAUGCCAGUUGGAGCUAGUCCUGUCCACAACUACUCCAUUCAAACUGGCGAGGAAUUUGCACUUGAAUUUAUGCGGGAAAGGGUGAAUGCCAAGCAUCAAUUUAUUCCCACCAAUAGUCCUGACCCAGGUGUUACAACUGGGUACAUGGAUUUAAAAGGCAUUGUAGGACUUCCCCAUCCAAGUUCCGAGAGUGGAUCUAGCAUUCCCAUGCUCAACCCUGUAGAAAAAGAUCAUGUUCAACAUUUUGAAAGAGGGGGCUUUUCACAUGAAGAAAAGAAUAUAUAUAGUUCAAGGAGGUUUGUACCAAGAGCCUCAUCAAGAAAUGAUGUCAUUCCACUUCAUGGUUCUACAUCUUCAGGAGCAUCUGAUAGCUCAUCAAGAAAGGUGAAAUUCAUGUGCAGUUUUGGUGGUAAAGUCAUGCCUCGCCCUAGUGAUGGAAAACUUAGGUAUGUUGGAGGGGAAACACGUAUUAUCCGUAUAACCAAGGAUAUUUCUUGGUUGAAUCUGCUGCAGAAAACAUCAACAAUUUACGAUCAAGUUCAAACUAUUAAAUAUCAGUUACCUGGUGAGGAUCUUGAUGCAUUGGUUUCUGUAUCUUGUGAUGAGGACUUGCAAAACAUGAUGGAGGAAUGUAAUGUAACAGAAUAUGGGGGCUCAACAAAGCCAAGAAUGUUCUUGUUUUCUAUUUCUGAUUUGGAGGAUGCUCAAAUUGGUGUCAGAAGUGCAGAGGGUGAUACAGAGUUUGAAUAUGUAGUAGCUGUAAAUGGUAUGGACCUCAGUUCAAGAAGGAACUCCACGCCCUUGGCCAAUACUUCAGGAAACAAUUUAGAUGAGUUGCUUGCCCUUAACGUUGGAUCAGAGAGUGGUCAAGUUGCUCCAGAAUUGUCUGACAACAUCAAAUCAUCUCUGACCAUUUCUGCACCUUCAUUUUCUCCGUCCUCUCAAACCAGUUGGACCAAUUCAUCUAGUGGUUUCAAGCCCAAUUUGCAGCAAUUGUCAGGACAAAAGUUGCAGCAAGGUGAUUUUGGGCCUCCCCAACUCUCUUCUUUCCGCCCCAUGCAAAGUUUAUCUGAAAAUGUUGGAAAGACUUCAAUUCCUUCAUCCAUUCAGGCACAACGUGAGUACGUUCUUAUUAACAAUGCAGCACCUGUAGAGAAUAUAUCUUCAAUUCCCAGCAAAGGACAUGUGAAUCAACAGGGUGGCUUGGCUACAGACAAUCCAGUCAGUGGUUUUCACACACAAGAUUCAGAUGCAUCGUUAAAGGAGGGUAAAAUUACAGAGAUUCCAAAUUUGAAGCUGAAUGAACCUGAUAAAAUUCAAUCAUUGGAAAAGGAGGCAUCAUUUAAGGAUGCACAAAUUAAAAGGCAAGGCUCUCUCCAUAAGAUCGAUGAAACUAAUGAAAGCGAAAAUUUUGAACAUGAAUACUUGGUUUCUUCAAACCUAAAUGAUGCUUCUGUUUUGAGCUAUAACUCAAAAGGAGUGCAGGUAAUUAAUUUAGACACAGAUGUCGGAUCGAGUUUCCUGCUUUCAAAAAGCAACAAGAAGCAUCAAGAUCCUGCUCAAGAAUCAGUACCCCUAGAAGUGAGUAAUGAAGGAAACAAUAGAACUGAAGGUGAUAAAUUUUCAUAUGAUGAACUUCCAACUUCUGGUUUUGGUGCCUCUGAGACUGAUGAAACAGGGUUUAGUUACCAUGAACCCAUUUUACCUCCACGUGUUUUUCACUCUGAAAGGAUUCCAAGGGAGCAGGCUGAAUUGAACCGUUUAUCCAAAUCUGAUGAUUCCUUUGGCUCUCAGUUUCUUAGAACUCAGGAUAACUCCAAUUUUUCUCAGACAAUUAUUGAAUCAGCUGAAACAUUGCUGGAUGGGAAUGCGACUCUGAAGCCUGAGCAAUCUGUUUCAUCUUCAAAGGUACCACGUGGAAAUAGUCAUGCUGUAGAAGAUGGAUUGGAGGCAUUUGAAAAGUACAAAACAAUAGCAGAUACCAGUAAUAAAAUGAUGAAUAUUUCAGGUGAGCAUGAUGGGUCUGAGGUCAGUGAUAUGUCCAAUAUUAGAAGUCCUUCUGCCAAUAGGAAGGAAGCAGGAGGUUUGGCUCAUCUUAGGGCAAGUGAAGAAGUUUCUGACAAGUGUAAGGAGGAAUCUCUUAUGGGACCCCUGGAGUCAGGCUGGAUUGACGGAAGUACACAUAAGAACCAAGGAAAUGAAACUCAAGAGCAAACAGAGCCUUCAUCAUUAGCAGAGAACCCUGGUAAAACUGUUACUGAAGUAGAAUCUGGAGUUGGUAUUAACACUCCAGAGCAUGGGGACAUUCUUAUUGAUAUUAAUGACCGCUUUCCACGUGAUUUCCUUUCUGAUAUAUUCUCAAAGGCCAGAAACUUUGAAAGCAUUUCUGGCAUCAAUCCAUUGCAUGUUAAUGGGGCUGGCUUGAGCUUGAACGUGGAGAAUCAUGAGCCUAAGCGUUGGUCAUACUUUAGAAACUUGGCUCAGGAGGAGUUUGUUGAAAGGGAUGCUUCUCUUAUGGAUGAUGACCACCUGGGCUUCUCUUCCUCACUUGCAAAUUCAGAUGUAGGUGCGAAUUAUCACAGAGAUUCUCAUAUCAAUUUUGGUGACAACAUUCAGCAGGAAUCCUGUCUGCUCACUGGACCCAGCUCUACAAAUCCAUAUACAGAUUAUGUUUCUUCAAAGCUUAAGGGCGAUGACAGCAUACAGUUGGAUGAUCCUAGCGCUGAAGCCCAACACACUAUAGGCCAACAUGCUGAGAAUGUGGAUGCAAAAUUGGAUAUCCAAGAUAUUGGUGUACCUCUGGCUGAUAUUUAUCUUGAAGAAUUUGAUAUCAGUACGUUGCAGAUAAUUAACAAUGAAGAUCUUGAAGAGCAACGAGAACUGGGUUCUGGCACAUUUGGUACAGUGUAUCAUGGGAAGUGGCGAGGAUCAGAUGUAGCAAUUAAACGGAUAAAAAAAAGUUGUUUCACCUGUAGGUCGUCAGAGCAAGAAAGAUUGACUGUAGAAUUUUGGCGUGAAGCUGAGAUUCUUUCAAAGCUUCAUCAUCCAAAUGUGGUGGCCUUUUAUGGUGUGGUGCAGGAUGGGCCAGGUGGGACGUUGGCCACAGUGACUGAGUUCAUGGUCAAUGGCUCCUUACGGAAUGUUUUACUUAGCAAAGACCGGUACCUGGAUCGACGCAAGAGGCUUAUUAUUGCAAUGGAUGCAGCGUUUGGAAUGGAAUAUCUGCAUUCAAAGAAUAUUGUGCACUUUGAUUUGAAAUGUGACAACUUGCUUGUCAAUUUGAAAGAUCCUUUACGGCCAAUUUGCAAGGUUGGAGAUUUUGGCUUGUCAAAAAUAAAAAGAAACACAUUAGUUACUGGCGGUGUCAGAGGGACCCUUCCAUGGAUGGCUCCUGAACUACUUAACGGUAGCAGCAGCAAGGUUUCUGAAAAGGUUGACGUAUUCUCAUUUGGUAUUGUCCUGUGGGAGAUCCUCACUGGCGAGGAGCCUUAUGCAAAUAUGCACUAUGGAGCAAUCAUAGGAGGCAUAGUGAACAACACAUUGAGACCACCGGUACCAAACUUCUGUGACCCCGACUGGAGAUUGCUGAUGGAACAGUGUUGGUCGCCUGACCCAGUAGCCCGGCCAUCUUUCACAGACAUAGCGAGGCGAUUGCGUGUGAUGUCUACGGUUACCCAGACAAAAGCACCACAUGGUCAUCAACCACAGAAUCAGGCACCCAAGUAAAUUUCCUUGACAAUUUUACCCUAAUUUGUUUUGCUUCCUGAGUUAGCAGGGUAAGACGAGUCGUUUACCUGGAUGUAGUCAGUUACUUAAGUAUAAGUCGAGUGUAUUACAUAGCAAUAUAUGAAUAAGGGGCUGCCUCUGGAUAGACGGAAUUGUAGGUUGGUUUAAGAUAUCAUCAUCAAUAGCGAGAUUGUGGGUUGUGCGAUACCUGAGGAUUUGAUUUAUAUGUUAAGUCAAUUUAUUUAUGACCACAGUGAACAUAUACAAAAGAAAAUAUUGGUUGUUUACCAGCCAAUUGAAGUGCCUAUUGAGUUUUUGUUUGUA